ACGAAAGUGCAUUUUUCGUUUCUCUUUGCUUUCUCGUUGUCUAGAUCAAAAAUAUUUAAUAUUUGAAUUUUAGUUCUCCAUUAUUAUGAAGUCUAUAGUCUUCAGUAUUUGUUUUUGGAGUUUAGUGAUUUUUAAAGUUAAUGAUGCAGUUUUUUCAGAAUCUUUACCGAUAGUAAUCAACACAUGGGGACCACCAUUCACAAACGCAACAUUGAAGGCAUGGGAGGUUAUAAAUACUAAGGGAUCAUCUUCCCUAGAUGCUGUAGAGGCUGGCUGUACAGAAUGUGAAGUUGAACAAUGUGAUGGGACAGUGGGCUAUGGAGGAAGCCCUAAUGAAGAUGGUGAGACAACACUAGAUGCAAUGAUCAUGGAUGGUGUCACGCAUGAUGUUGGUGCCGUUGGUUGCUUAAAGGAUAUCAAGAAUGCUAUUGGAGUAGCACGCAGUGUAAUGAAAUAUACAAAAGAAACAUUUCUUGUAGGAGAAGAUGCAACCAAGUUUGCCAAAGAUAUGGGGUUUAAAGAGGAGAGCCUGAGCACCAAUAACUCAAUAGACCUUUGGAAAAGCUGGAAAAAGAAAAACUGUCAACCAAACUUUAGACAAAAUGUUGUCCCAGAUCCCAUUAAAUCAUGUGGACCAUACAAGCCAGUUAAAGAGAAGAGGGUACAAAACUUGGACAAAACUAACCAUGAUAUUGAUGAGAAUAAUCAUGACACAAUAGGAAUGGUUGUAAUUGAUGCAGAUGGAAAUAUGGCAGGUGGAACGUCUACUAAUGGAGCUAGCCACAAAGUACCUGGUCGUGUUGGAGAUUCACCCAUCCCUGGUGCUGGGGCAUAUGUAGAUAAUGAUGUAGGAGGUGCUGCUGCUACUGGAGAUGGUGAUAUCAUGAUGAGAUUCCUGCCAAGUUUAGUGGCAGUAGAAUACAUGAGACAAGGCAAAUCUCCCACUCAAGCAGCAGAAUUAGCUAUGUCUAGAAUAGCCAAGUAUUAUCCUAAGUUCAAUGGUGGACUUGUGGCUGUUAAUAAGGCUGGUGAAUAUGGAGGUGCUGCUCAUGGCUGGACUUUCUUCAAAUACUCUGUUGUUAGUCCUAAACUUGGUGGUAAAGUGACAGUUGUCCCUGUGAAACCUCUUUGAAAACAAGCCAUUCAUUAUAAUGCACAACACUACUAUUUUUAAAGUGCCAAGGCAUUGAUGGUUAACUGUAAAACAAUGCAAGGUAUAUAACUGAAAGCUGAAAGGCUUUAAUUUGUAAAUUUAUGAGUUGCAGAUUCAAACAUGUCUGGGUAGCAAAGAGGACAGCAAACUGCAAGCCCAGGUCAUUUUCUGCUCUCUCUUGGGUUUCAUCUGUCAUACAUCUCCAAGGGGAGGAUGACAAGGUACCUUCAUUGAAGGGAAACGAGAAUGGAAGCAAGGGUGAUAGUAACUGCUCUGACUUGACUUCCUUUCCUCCUCAUCUCCUCCCUCCCCAAAGUGCGCGCCCCUAUGCAGGCUAUUUGCUAGUGGACAAAAAGGUUAAGUCUGAGCCCUGAUAAGGAGAAUCUAGAACAUUUUAUGAAAAGAUAAUUUUAGAUUUCAAGUUAACGAUACAUAUUUUCAUGUUGUAAAAAAGUAAAAACGACAGAAAGAAGAGGAAAUAUUGGGUGAUCUCUUGAGAGCCCUUUACUCACCUUCAAGCAAUGAUACCUUGAUCAAAUAAACUCAAUUCAAGUGGAAGUAAUGCUUUCCCAUUUCAGGCCACGUGUCAUUCCAUUGAUAAUAAAAUUAUUUGUUUUUCA